AUCAAAAUAACGUCCUCUGUUUAGUUAGUGAUGACACAGUUACAAGGAAUGCCGGUAUUUUCAAGGAAUUGUGUUUUUUUUUCUUUCGAGGAUUUAACCGCAAAAUUUUAUUAAUUUGUGUUGUGUUUUGCUUCAAAAGUGAUUGAUAAUAAGAAUAUAUAAUUUUUUGAACAAUUAUUUGUUUAUUGUGGUACGAUUUAUUGUUUAAAUAAAACAGAAAUAGAGAAUUACGUUGUAACUGUUGCUUGUGAAAGAGACAAAUUUAUUAUUGAAAACAAUCGUAUUGAUAUACGCUUGUCACAGUAAAUAAACAUUAUUUGCAAUGGCUACCGCUGUGCCUUCGCGUUUUGCAGUUCUUGCGAUCGAUGAUGACGACGAUUUUAAACCGAAAAAAAGCCAAAAACCAUCAGUGAAUGUUAAGCCGACGACAAAAGCCAAGAAUGAUAAAUCUAAGCAGCCAACAAAUGCGAAAAAAGAUGAAAAGAAGAAACCUAAUAAGAACAAAAAAAAGAAAAGUGAUGAUGAUAACCAAGGAUGGGAACAAUGGAAGAAAAAAGAUUCAAUGGCAGUCGAGAAAGCUUAUAAACAAGAACUUCACGAAGCAAUUUUACUUUCAAAAUUGACUUACGAGUCUGAAGUACAAAACGGUGUGAAAGAAAAUGAAGUUAAGAAGAAUCAAGGGAAUAGAAAAUCAAAAAAAUCGACAAUGUCUUUAGAAGAGUUUAAUAAUUUAGGUGCUUCACCACUACCUCAUAUAGAAACAGUAAUUCCUGAAGACAAUUCUCGAGGGGCAGAUACUCAAUUUUUCGAUCGAGUAGAAAAAGAUGCCAAAGAAGAGCUGAUAAAAGCAAGAGAAAGAGAUAUAUUACGAUCGAGAUUUAAUACUCUAGAUGCCGAUAUAACGUCGGCACAAUUAAAAGUAGAGGUCGAGAAGCGAGAUAAUGAAAUAGUACAGUUAAAGAAAGACAUUCAGUCACUUAAAGUUGAAUUAAUGCAUGUAAAAGAAAGAAAUAAAAAGCUCUGCCGAAUUUUAGCUGAUGGUGAAAUGAAAGAAAAAGCACUAGUAUUACAAGAAGUAGCAAAACUUCAAGAAAUUCGUGAUGAAUUAACAUCAGAAGUAGCUUCUUUACACAUCCAAUUGGAGCAAGAACGAUCAAAAACACGAGCAUCAAGUGCUGACGUGAAAACUUCAAAAAACAAAAAAAGACCGGCCAGUGAAAAUGUCUAAAUGAAAAAAUUACUCUUCAAGUAUGUAUUAAACAAUAUAAAAGUGAAAUUAAUCACAACCAAAUAAGAUAAUACUUUUUUUUACU